ACUUAUGAAAGUAACUCACGAUUGUCAAGUAAAACCAAAACACAACAGUAAUGUUUGUUGUUUGAAUUGAUGUGUACUCGUAUUUAUCAUGUUUUUAAUUUGCUCUUUACGAAAAUUUUGAACAUGCCCAAAUUUAAAUUUAAUUUAUUACAAAGACUUCUAUAAAACGAUAAUCAGAAAUGGAAUAAUGGAUAGUGAGUUACAAAAGUCAGUACUUUUGAGCACCUUUCAUAAUGGAAAGAAAAAAAUACGGAUUAUUUUACAUCAAGGAAACCUGGUUUGGGAUAAUGAAAAACCACCGUAUGACAAAACAUCUGUGCCAAUUGAAAAUAUUAUAUCUGUGCAACAGAAUUAUAUGAGAUGUCAUCCUAGUGAACCCAGACAGAUUGAUCCUAAUUCCUUUGUUAUUCAUUAUGCAGAAAGAGAAAGAGGUCCUAAAUGGGUGUAUAAAAGAAUAAAUCUUAAAAAUUCAGAUGUCAAUUUAGUCACUUCUUGGGUGAAGACCUUACAAAACCAUUUAAAAAGUUUCAAAAGGCCAAAACGUCUCCUUUUGUUUGUGAAUCCAUUUGGAGGCAAAAGAAAUGCUAUGCAAAUAUACGAAAAAUAUGCCAAAAAUUUAUUUCAAAUAGCCGGUAUAGACGUGACGGUGAAUGUUUCUCAAAGAAAAAAUCAAAUCAAGGAUUUUGUCAUCAACCAUAAUUUAGAUAUUUUUGAUUCGGUGGUAUGCGUGGGUGGAGAUGGAACCGUGUCGGAGUUAUUCAAUGGUUUGGUGUUGAGAGAGUGCAAGAUUAAGGGAAUCAUUCCAGAUGACAUUAACCAGAUUUUACCUAAACCGAAAAUCCCCAUAGGUAUCAUUCCAGGAGGUAGUACAGACACUAUAGCAUACUGUAUACAUGGUACUGAUGACACAACUACUGCUGUAUUACAAAUUAUAUUUGGAGACACUCUAGGAUUAGAUCUAGUAUCAGUAUAUGAUGAACAUAGUUUACUUAGUUUAUAUGCUAGUACGUUAAGUUAUGGUUACCUCGGUGAUGUGGCCUACCAUAGCGACCAAUAUCGAUGGAUGGGGCCUCGUAGAUAUGAUUACUCAGGUUUUAAGAAACUAGUAAGUAAUAGAGGCUACAAUGGCGAACUAGCCAUAUAUUCUGAGAAUGAUGGUGUAGUUCAGGAAAUUCCUUGCCACGAAAAUUGUGAUAUAUGCAAAGCAAGUAAAAAUAUACAAACUGAUAGAUUAGGCUGUAAAUGGAGAACCCUCUCUGGAAAAUUCUUUAUGGUAACUAGUGCUAACAUAAGCUGUGCUUGUAGUCGAAGUCCGAAGGGUAUAGCUCCUUUUAGUCAUUUAGGUGAUGGGAUGGUACAUUUGGUAUUAGUCAAACAUACUUCAAUAAUAAACAAUUUAAAAUUAUUGAUAAGAUUAUCCAAAAAUGAGGCUUGCAUCGAAGAUUUACCCUUCGUCGAAACAUAUUGCGCUCGAGAAUUUUGUUUUAGAGCCAUUGAAGGGGGUAGCAAAUGGAACUGUGAUGGGGAAGUACAACAUCAGAUUAAUAUACGUGCAAAAGUAAGAUGUCAAUUGCUCACUAUAUUCAGCAGAGGAAGGCCAAAGAAUUCUACAGCUGAUCCCAGUUGCUGUGGAUUUUAAGGAUAUUUUUUUAUUGUAACAACAAAGUAUUGACUCAAGUAUUUUAUUCACCUAUUCCUCCAAAUAGUAUUAUUUUUUACAUUGGUAUAUUAUGACAUAUAUGUAUUUAUUUAAUAUACUGUAAUGAAUUGUUUAUUUCCUAAAUUGAAUCCAUAUAUUUUAAUUCUCUGAAAUUUUAAUUUUAGUAGGGUAUAAUUAAUAAAUUAUUAUAAUUCCUUCUUUAGAGUACAAAUUUCUCAAUAAACCCCUGUCCACCUAGGAUUUGAAUUAUUUUAAACUUGUAUAUUUCCAAAACAAAUUCAUCAAUCUUACAUAGAAAUGUUGAUUGGCUACGACACCAUCCAGAAAUAAAUGCAUUCAAUAUAACUUCAAAUUAUUUUAUUUAAAAAAAUAUAUCAAAAACAAUUACUAUAUAGAAAUGGUAAAGAUAUAUAGGAUGUACAAUAAGAAAAGUAUGUUCAAAGAGAGCACACAUGGAAAUAAAAAAAUUGUUCUAUUUAGGAUAUCAACAAUUUAUUUCAUACUCCAAGUAUACACACUUUUUAGCUGUCUAUGUUUUGUAACAUUUAUUAUUCAUUCCUUUAUUUAUGUUUGUGGAAUAGUGAAAAUAAAUUAUUUUUUUCAA